AUGUGCAAGCACAUACUCAACGCUCAGGUCACAAUCCGGGCCCAGUGUUGUCGGAAAUGGUUUGACUGUGCAGAAUGUCAUGCUGAACAGCAGCCCGAUCAUAAGUUGUUCAAGAGUUCGGAGAUGGUAAUGAUGUGUAAAAAAUGUAAGAAAGCAUUCAGAAAAAUGGUCGAAGAAUUUGAGGAGUCGGACGAAUACUGUCCUCAUUGCGACAACCAUUACAUAAUCGAAGCCAAGACGGCCAAGCCCAUGGUCGGAAUCGAAGGUGAAGAUGCUAGAGUGGACGCACGAGGGUUGGCCACUCGGGAUGAAAGAUCUAAUAAAGUCGAUCGGCAGGCUGAGCUUAACAAACUUUUAGAAGAAGAGUUUGCAUCCAAGGUGGAUUGA